UAAUUCGAAAGGUAAGCCAGUGCAGUUCUGCUUUAGAUUGGUCGACAACUUCCGCCAAGGCCGCCCGUUCGUGGCUUCUCACUGGCUGUCUCGUGAGUCCCGAGGUUGCCGAUUGGCCGAGACGAGCUGUCGAUCAACGUGACGCGCCUAGGGUGCCCGCACACAGAUGCGAUGUUGGUGUCAACAUAAUCCAACGCUUACCUUAUUUUACGCACUUAAUAAACAAUAAUAAAAAAAAAAAAAAAUCAGAAUGACGAAAGGUGAACACGCUUCGUUGAUCGAUAGUGCUCGUGUUUUUGGCAAAGCUUGGUCUGUGCGGGGAAGAAAGUCGCUGUUGCUGUUGUGACGGGCGAGAGUCAAGUUCGUGGACGAAGCUCAGGUCAUGAGCGCCUCGAGGAAGGAGAAAGUGGAGAACGAGCGCACCCGUCCGGAGAUCGGCCCGGCGCGCCCCACCCCCGCGCUCCUAUCAUGACGUCUGACAGCGAUCAGGAUGCCGCCGUGAAACUGGAGCAGGAACGGGCCGAGAUUGUGGCCAAAUACGCAAAGGGCAAAGAGGCCACCGUGGAGCCCUGGGAGGACAUCGACUUCAACCUGUACAAGGUCAUCGACCGCUUUGGCUUUGUGCACGAGAAGGAGCUCCCGUCCUACGACGCGGCGGAGGAAAAGCACAAGCACACGGAGUUGGAGAGGACCACCAAGUGGCUGAAGAUGCUGAAGAGUUGGGACAAAUACAAGAACAGCGAAAAGCUCGCGCGGAGGGUCUACAAGGGAAUCCCGCUGCAGCUGCGGGGCGAGGUGUGGUCGCUGCUGCUGGACGUCCCCCAAAUCAAGGAGGAGAGGAAGGACUUCUACGAGAAGCUGAAGGCCGGAGCCAAGGGCUCGUCUCCGGACGUGCGCCAAAUCGACCUGGACGUCAACCGCACCUACAGGGAUCACAUCAUGUUCAUGCAUCGCUACGACGUCAAGCAGCAGGCCCUGUUCCACGUGCUGACGGCCUACUCCGUGUACAACAAGGUGAGUCCCGUGCGAAGACGUCUGGGGCGAGAGCGGCGGCCUUCUCCCUCCGACGCGCGCUUGUCUUUGCAGGAGGUGGGCUACUGCCAGGGCAUGAGUCAGAUCACGGCGCUGCUGCUCAUCUACAUGAACGAAGAAGACGCCUUCUGGGCUUUGGUCAGGCUGCUGUCGGGACACAAGCACGCCAUGCACGGCUUUUUCGUCCCCGGCUUCCCCAAGCUGAUGCGCUUCCAGGAGCACCACGACCGCAUCCUGAAGAAGAUGAUGCCCAAGCUCAAGCGUCACCUGGACAGCCAGGAGGUCCUCACCAGCCUGUACACCAUGAAGUGGUUCUUCCAGUGCUUCCUGGACAGAACUCCCUUCACUCUCACUCUCAGGAUCUGGGACAUCUACAUCCUGGAGGGCGAGAGGACUCUUCCCGCCAUGUCCUACACCGUCCUCAAACUGCACAAGAAGCACCUGCUGAAGUUGAGCAUGGAGGAGCUGGUGGACUUCCUGCAGGUGACCUUGUCCAAAAAUUUCUUUUUCCAUGAUGACUUUGUGGUGGAGCAGCUGCAAGUCUCCAUGGCGGAGCUCCGAAGGGCCAAGUUGGACCUGCCCGCGCCAGGUCGAGAUGAGGAGUUCCCCAAGAAGCCUCUCGGGCAGCUUCCUGAGAUGGAAGUGAACCACGUGGCCAACGGCCAGAGCCACGCGGAGCCGGCCGAGCCCCCGGAGCCACCCGCCCCGGUGCCGGGCGGUCACCCCCCGAGUCGGUUCCGCCGGGACUCGCUGGACAAGUCCAUACGCCAGCGUAAGGCCGCCGACGCCAGGGACGGUCACCUCAAGGUGGCCUCCAACGGGCUGCACUUGCCAGAACGGGGGUCAACGCCCACUCCCGGGCCGCAGAGAGACGGCGUCGCCAACCGCAACCACAACCCCGACACCGCCUCCGGUGCUCACCGUGACGUUGGUCCUCGUUGGUUCAAACCCUCCGAGACCAAGCUGGAAGCGGCCAAAGCCAUGGCGGCCCGAGAGAACCGGCAGAAGCGGUCAGCGGCGCCGUCUCCCGCCCCUAUCCCGGCCCACGACGGCCAGGAUGACGACCGGCGGGCCGAGCGCCGGCCGCAAUCCAGGGGCCCGGUUCCGGGCGCCAACCGCGGUUCCAACGCCUCCCAGUACGACAAUGUACCGGGACCGCUGGAUCCGGAGUUUGAGAUCCUGGAGCUGGAGAGACCCCCGACCAGGAUGCGGACUCCUCAGAAUGAGACACUCUCGUACGGCGUGGCGGCCAGAGUCCCUGGGUACGGCGGGAAUGUGCUUACAGCACAGUCUGAAUCCAGAAUGCCCUCGCACCCUCCUGCGCUGUCAUUUGCCCACCAUCAGCCAGUGGGAGUCCAGACCCGCUUCCCCAUAAACCAAAACCACUACCAGGCCCCCACUCAGGUCCCCAUAUUUCACCCAGGCUUGAGACACUACGACGCGGCCGCCGGGGAUCAAACCUAUGCCGCCACCAGGCGACCGGCCGGGACCACCUCCCCGGAGCGGGCCCUCAUGAACUACCUGGCGACCCACCGCAGGGAGCCGCCGCCCAACCGCCGCAGUCCCAGACUGCCGCCCUCGCAGCUGGGGAGCGCCGCCACCCCCAUCUACCUGCAAAAGCUCACCUCCGCCGCUCACGUCCACGGCCCUUUGGACUACAGAUUCGAGGGGCGCGCCGAGUACCCCCCGCAAGGGCGGAUCCCCGUGUCCCAGUGGGGCCCAGAGGAACCGCCGCCGCCGCAGUCCCCAGGCGGGAUGCCUCGCUCGCCCAGCUUCCAGAGAGCCCAGAUGUCUCCCGUGGACGUGUUUGAGUUCCCGGAGGACGAGGCCGGCGGGACGCGGCGGGGUGUCAUGCCCCAACAGCUCCCCCGCCUGUUCGGAGGGAAGUACUACAGGCACGCGCAGGAGGCCUUCGCCAUGCAGGAGUCCAUGCUGCUCUGACCGCAGCGGCAGCCACAGGGAAGGCCGCUCGAGCGCCCACGCUCACGUACUGGUUGGCUCUUUGUGCACUUCAGUGCACUGGGAGGACAGCCAUAUCCUACUCGGCGUGUUUUUU